GACAUACCUGCGACAGUUUGUUCGACUUUACGACUCUGUGUCGCGUGCCUGCUCGCUUCCACUUUCUGCAGAUUGGCGACAAAAGUCCGCAGACACGAAGACCGAGAGACGUACAGCGAUGUAGGCAGACGACACCCUGAACCGGUCGCCAGUCAGUCACGGGGCGCAUAUCGACGCCAUCAGCGAGCGGGAAUCGAACCCGCGCUGCCCGCGCCAAAGUCAGGCAUGCGCGCGUCCCACUCCACCAUCAUUGACUACAGCCUCACCCCAAAGACCAAGAAUGUAAGAAUGUAGAUGAGCAGAACUUUUCUGAACAAUCUUGGCUGUUCAAUUUUGGAGCUUGUGGAUGAGCAAAAGAUGGAGAAGAUCCAGCGAAGUCACUCCCUGAUUCUCAACCGGUCUGGUUACUGCAAUGAAUGGUAACACAUUCCAUCAAGUCAGCACCAGCGCGACAGUAGGAGGGAGCCCAGGCGUGGUGGCGCCCCCGCGAGGCUGGAGGGAGUUCUGCGAGCUGCACGCCAUCGCCACAGCACGGCAACUCGCAGGACACUACCGCAGGUUCGCCAGGGAGCGCCCGCAGCAUGACGUUCUUCCGCCGGAGACGUUUUCCAAGCAGUUCACCGACAUCUUCCGGCAGCACUUCUGCUGCGAGGUGGACAAAGAUGGCACGCCUCUCCAGCAGAGCACUUGCUCCACCGCUACCGGCACCGCACCGGCGGUUCCAUCGCAGACCGUGAUCAAUCGAUUAUGUAUCAGCGCUUUGUCCGGGGUGCAGGACUACCGGGAGGCGGGUCGACCAACUGGAGGAGCCGCCGUCUUUAGCGUGGCGUCGCCGAAAGUGGAGCCGGUCGCGGUGAGCAGGGAGCAAGAGCAGCCGCUGCGUUGCGCGGUGGGAAACCCCCGUUCGGGAAACCUGGUGCUGCUCAGGGACUUGACCCGUACAUUCGGCAGCGGGUCAUUAUUGUUCCGUAGCUGCAGUAACGAGGAGCUGUCCAGCACAGUCGACUCUUCGGCUUCAAAUCCAUCGCACAAUGUCACGCACUUGCCCUUCAGUCAGAUUCAGCAGUCGGUGAGACGACUUUUUAAAAAAAAACGUCCUCUUCCCUGGCCACCCGCGUCCCAGGACCCGUCGGCCGACGACCCCGCCCAUUCCCCCACCUGCCCCGCGAGCAGGUCCGACCAAACGAGCUCACCGAGCCCCUCUUUGCUCAACUCUGAAACCGCGCCGGCGGCAUCGUCGCCGCUCUCUGGAGUAGUAGGCAUCAGUUUCCUGGAUCGUUUCCGUUGGUUACGCGGCAGGAGCGUGAGGCAGAGGAGGUCAGAGGUCAGCAGCUGCUGCAAAGAGGGCCAGCUGAGGUACUUGCUCGUAGACGACACCAUUUCAGACUCUCUGCCGCGAUGGCAGCGCUGCCGCCUGCUGGUCAGGAGGAUCAGGGACGCUGAAGGCGGCGAGGGCUACCAGUUGGAGCUUUAUGAUCCUCCAAAGGCCUCCGGUCCCAAACUGACCACCCGCUGCUCGGAUAUCCAAGAAGUCCGUCGCUGCAACCGGCUGGAGAUGCCCGACAACUUAAACACGUUUGUUUUAAAGGUUCAUCAAGGCAGUUUGAUAUUUGAAACGGACAACGACCAGCAGGUCAGCUCCUGGACCACGGAGAUCAAAGAAUGCACCAGCAACAGGUUGGGCAGCGUGGAUCUGGAGCCCCUCCCUUCCCCGGUCGACAGCAGCGUGACGACCAAUCGCAGGGCGAGCUCCGAGCCGGGAAGUCAAAGCGAUUGGCGGCCCGGUUCCUCCCACCUGCCUCCCCAGACGCGCCCCGUCACAAUUAGCUGCCCAGUCACCCUGGCUCUGCCCGAGCCAAUCGUCCACAAGACGGAUCACUUUCUGUUCUCGUACCCGUGGUUCCACGGGCACAUCUCCCGGGUCAAGGCGGCCCACCUGGUCCAGAGCUCGGGCGUGGAGGGCCACGGCGUCUUUCUGGUGCGUCAGAGCGAAACGCGGCGAGGAGACUACGUCCUCACCUUCAACUACCAAGGGAAAGCCAAGCACCUGCGCCUCUCGCUGACCGAGUGGGGGCAGUGCAGGGUGCAGCAUCUGCGCUUCCCCUCCGUCACGGAAAUGCUCAGCCACUUCCGCCUCUUCCCCAUCCCGCUGGAGUGCGGAGCCGCCGGCGCCGUCACGCUCUCCAGCUUCGUGGUGGCCGGCUCCAGCCCCCCGUCGCAGGGUCAGCUCUCUGGCGCCCUCUUGGUGCCGUUUUCCCUUCACCGCCGGAACUCUGAGCCCAACUUGGCCCACUGCGGCUGCGGCCAGCCGGCCUCCUCUUCCUCCUCGUCCUCUUCCUCGUCGUCGUCCUGCGCCGCCGCGGGCGCCGCCGGCCCGCAGGCGCCGCAGCCCGCCGUCGCCGCCGCCGCCGUCUCCGCUCCCCUUCGCCGCAGCGAGUCGGCGGGCCGGCGGCCGCUGCUCCGCCACGGUGGCCCGCACCCGCCCGUCAUCCCCCGGCGGGACUCGGACUACGAGCUGGAGCCCGAGCGCGGACGCAAGCGGGCCAUCGACAACCAGUACAUGAUGCUCUGACCUCUCGCCCGCCCUACGAAAGGCGCAGACCCGAGAACACCCCCCCACCCCCUUAGCCCCCCCGAAGCCUCCACGCAGGUGUCCGCAGUGAAUGUAUUUUUGUCUUUUGGGGUCGGGGGGGGGGGGGAGCCGAGCGAGCAAAAACUAUUUUGAUAAAACUUUGAAAGGUUGGCUUUGUUUAGCACCAGUCACGGAUGAAUUGACCACUUUUUAUUUAUGUGGGCCGCCGCCGCCGCUUUUCGUUAUUUUGCUGACGCUAGGUCACUUUUUUUCAAGCCCACCUCCCCAAAAAAAAAAGACAUUCUUGGGACGGUGUUCCCCGUGCGGGUGGGGACAACGCUCACGUUGGUAUAUAAACACAAACAAAAAAAAGCACUCCUCUUUCCAUUUUUCGUCACUUUUGGAGACUUCAAAUUCUCCGUCAUCGUUGUACGUUACGACGCCCUCGUGAUUAGCGCGCCUGCCGAAGUUCCAGGUUCAAAUAACGGCCCGCGUGGACUUUGUGUUCUCGGCUUCCUCGCAUAUUCCAAAAAACAUGCGGGUUUUGUUCACUGAAGACUCGAAAUUGUCCAUAGGUCCGAAUCUGAGUGCAAAUGCUCAUUUGUUUAUAGACGCCCUGCGAUUGGCUGGCGACCAAUCCGAGGUGUGCCCCGCCCGCCACUUGCCAACAGUCAGCCGGGAUAGCACGAGAACGAUAAAAGAACGGAUGCCUUUUUGCUGAGGUUUUGAGACAAAGUGUGUUUUGUCCAAAGACGGAAAACAAAAUGAAACCAAGAGAAAAUGAGCCCUAAAAUACAAAGUACAGACAACAACAACAAAAUAGAGAGUCAUGAAGCGCUGCCCUUUUUUUACACUGAGACCCUGCAACAGCAUAGCCGCCAUUUUUCCAGCCUUUAACACCGCCUCUGUUGUGGCGCCGCCCUCUUUCACUCGGAGACACGGAAAAAAAAAAAAAUCGCCCCAUCAGAGUCGUGACAGAAGAUCUGCCAGUCGGCCUUUUAAACGGAACCCGGCUAAAUUUUCCGUUUCUGUUUUUUUCCACAUCUUCUGCUGUGGCUUUCGUCUCUUUUUAUCCAGAGACUCAGCGUAUCAAUGCUGUAAAGGAGCCACCAUUUUACACGGAGCCCAUCUGAGGCGAAAUUUUUUUGCAUCGUUUUGCUCUUUGACAUAGCAGAGCAAAAUUCACACCAAAUUCCCGUGACAGAAGAUCCAAAAUGGAUUCAUCUUUGCCUUUUACACGCAACCCUGCAUACCCGUAACCUGUGUUGCGGGCCUGAUUCUGCCUGUUGUGGCAUUAGAGAGAUUUCAAGCCAAAACCCAGCUAAUUUGGGUUAUUUUCAAACGCGUGCGGUUUUCAACAGCAGCACAAGUAUCUGCAAUCAGAUGAUGGGCGGUGUAAGGUUGGCAAAAUUGUUGUCGGACGGCGACAAUUGCUCUCAACAGAAAAUGGCGGCUUGCGAAAAACCCUUUCACCCUUUUUGCAAAAUAGCGACGUGAGAAGCUCUGUCAUUUGACACAAAAGCCGACCAAGAUGGGAUAUUUUUACUUUAGUGCGAACUUUCACACGGUGACACAACACCAGCUAGUUAGAUGAUGUCAGCUCUGGCUUAUGGUGUAACGUAAAAUAGUUGUCAGACAGCGAUAACUGCUUUCAACACAUCCCUGUCCCCGGUAUACAUUUACAGUGGGUGGAGAAAGUGUACACACCCCUGUAAAAAUGACAAAAUAACCCAAAUUUUAACCAUUUUGCAUAUUUAACAUUACUUUUACAACUCAAUUGGAGAAGUGAAUCCCAGAGGGGAAAUAUGUUUGCACAGGUCUGCACACCCUCUUAUAAUAGGGGAUGUGGGUGUAUUGGAACGACAAGGUCAACGGCUUUGUUUUUGUUGUAUUGCUGAAGUCGUUUGGGUUUCAGAUCAAAAGAUGAAUAUGAGACAAAAGUUCAGAGUUCCAUCCUUCUUUUCACGGCAUUUACGUGUAGAUGUGUAAACAACUCAGGUCAGGGUAUCUUCCGUUUGAAGCCGCCCACUUUUCAAGUGAGCACAAGUACUGGAACAGACAUUAUGAAAUUAAUGUAACAUUUCAUAUGUGGUGGUAGGGUAACCCUCAUUUGCAAUAAUUGCAUCAUGCCUGCCACUUCCCCAGACUUUGUUUCUGGAGGUUUCUCCUCUUCAGGAGGCAAAUUGCAUGCUCUAUUGGGUUCAGGUCCGGGGGUGGACUUGGCCAGUCUCAGACCUUCCAGCUUCCUUCACCCUCGAUGAAGUCUUUUGUUGCGUUGCUUUGUUCAUUGUCUUGUUUCACGAUGAAGCUAUUUUUUCCCCAUUAUUUUUCUGUAGAUUGCCGGACGAAAUGGUUUUGUAGACUCGAGAAUUGAUUCCCGAGUUCCGUCAUCGCGAAAGUUGAGCGAGCCCAUUCCGGAAGGAGCCGUGCAAGCCCGUGCCGCGUGGCAUUGCGCCUCCACCGUGCGUCGCGGACGAGCUUGUGCGUUUUGGAUCAUAAGCCGUUGUUUUGCCCCCGCCUGAUGUUUGUCCGACGCCGCAGCUGGAUCCUCUCAACGUGCUUUGUUUUUCUCCGGUCUUCGUGUUUGCUGAGCAGCACGUAAAGCCAAAAAACAAGCCCUCAUCUAAUCUAAAUGUUUACGGUAUCUACGAGGCAACACCUGCGCAACUCACGUGCCCCAAUACUUUUACUCACUUGAAAAGUCGGCGGCUGCUCCGUCCCGAGUUGUCCAACGCAUCGAGCUGUAAAUGCGAUGAAAUAAAAGCUGGAAUUCAGCGUUUUUGUCUCAUGCUCGUCUUGUGGCGUGAAACCCAAACGCCAAAAACAAAGGAAUUGGCGUUGCGGUUUCAAUACUUUUGGAGGGGACUGCAUGGAACCAUUUGAGCAGGCGCGUGUCGACUUUUUGAAUCCACUGUCGGUUGUUGCAGCUCGAAUAACUACCUCGCCCGUUCCGUGUCAUUUCCGACCCUGGAAAUAAUGUUGGAAAACGGCCGCUAGCAAGCCCCGCUAAUAGACUGUUUUCGACCACGUUGGCUACAUCCGGGGUAUGCGGCCAUGUUGGAUGGGUUCACUCUAUCGCCUUUGCGUACAGACCGGAGUUACACAAAUGUUCGUACGACCGUUAAAAGUGACGCGUGAUGGCUAAAAAGACUUUGGGAAGUUAUCGGGGCUCAUUUGAUGAUGUUUCGAGAAACCGUUACGGCAAGAAGUGCGCUUUGAUCGACCCACGUGCCUUGGAAAAACACAAAUGGAGCACACGAAUGACGUGGUCCGCUAUCUCCUCUUCUCGACAAGCGCUUAAACCGUGGAUUAACUAAAGAAUUACAAAGGUCUGGAGUCCUACUACCAAUUCAUCAAUGGCUGGGCAUCUUCGUCACGCGGCCGUAUCCGUUGUAAGCGCACUGCUAAGGUUAGGGUAGCGCACAAUGCAAUUGAAAUAUGUACCGCGUGAUUACAGUCAGCGUUGUGCUAAAUUAUGUUGAUUAUACCAAUGAAAGACAAGACAAGAUUAUUCCUUUCAUUUUCAUUACCGAGAGGGAGAGGGAGAUUCGACUGGGACGAGCCCACACUUCUUCCUCCAAUUCCACGGCUACAUUUUGAACUCAACUCAUGAAAAACAGCUAGCGGUGCCCUAACUCGUUUUUGCAAACUUAUUAUAAUGAAACAGAAAAUACCGAUUUUGAAGAAUUGCAUUCACACACGAGUAGUGCUCGGCCGCCAGAUCGGCUCUGCUGACGCGACACAGCCACAGUUGUCGCUGUUUGGUUGCUAACUGCUCCGUUUUCUCGCGCCGGUUCUCCAUCACAGCCGGCGGUGGAAACAAAGACGCUUUACAAGGACCACUUUCGUUUGAGGAACCCAUAACUUAGCAGUGCACCCCCAUUUUUACGCCAUUUUGCAAUAAUUCCUGCUUAGUUACGGUUUGUUUACGCAAAUCCACCAAACCAAAACGGCGCCCGCGUUCUCAACCGGAAGGUGCGUGACGUCUGUCGAAAACAGUCCAUUAUGCUAAAUAAUCAUCUUCAUUUUCGCCAUGUCGACAAAUGUACUCUGGAAUGAUGGAUUCAUGAAGGUGUUUUGUCCAUUUUUAUGGAAUAGGCUCAUAUUUGGGUGCAUAUUUUAAACGAUCGCACCAAGCAAAAAAUGGACGUCACAGCUUCGCUAUGUCUUUUGCGCCAUCUGGUGGAAGAGCAUCGAACUGUUGUGCCGGUCACUAUACGUUGCUUGCAUAGAGAGAGAUGAACAAAUGAAAACUCUUACUCAGUAACGUUGCUAUUAUGAAAUACUUUCCAUUUUUGUGAGCCGACGUGCCUCGCGGUACAUUCGAGUACCGUAAGAAUUUGGAACACUGCCUUAAACUCGAUGACGUUUUUUUUUCCCCCCCAAAAUAUACACAUCUGUCCAGCUCUUUAAAUUUUUUUGAAACGCAUACGGGUAGCAUUAAUUGUUUGUUGUGCAGCAACAAAUUCACCCAAUAUUCAUCCACCACGCUUUAAUUUUGGUAGCAAUGGGAUGUCUUAACACUAACACACGUCCGAUUGUUGUUUGUUUUUUUUUUUCCUAAUUUUUAAUUUUGGGCACUUCAACAAAAUGGACACGUGUGAUGUUCUUGCAACUGUAACGUUGACCCAUCACCGGUCCUUUCUUUGCUUUAAAAACAAGAAGAAAGUGUGCCGUGCAAUAUCAUUGUAGCGCUUCACAUAGCUGGAAUUUGAUUCCAUAUAGCCGCAAUGUUUUAACGUUAUUGGGUUUUUUUUUAUUUUUUUUUUUUUUGAACGAGCGGUGGGGAACCUUUAUGAGUUUUUCUACUUUGCAGUCCUCCGAGGGUCGCGUUGAAUUCGUGAACAAACGGGAUGCAACGAUUGUGUGACGCGUUGGUCGGUUCCGGUUCCUCUGAGGUUUUACGUUUUAGAAAUGCUCCCCGUCGGGUUCCCCGCGGCUUCUCAUCAGUUGGUUUUGCCACUCAAUAUUUUGUUUGAAGUUUUUUUUUGUUAUGGCCGUGAUGAUGAUUUGAUGUCAGUGUAACUUUCGAGUUGGUUGAAAAAUGUCCCGUUAAUGAAUUGAACGUGUUCUCAAUACUGUUUGUGUUUACCUCAGCACUGUAAAGCGCCCUCUCCCCUCCCGUCCCCUCCCAUCCCCUCCCUGACACCCUCCCAGACCACCACAGAGCUUUUGAAUGAUGCCUUUGUCUUCACGAUUCCUUUUCAUUCAGUUGUAAGCUUUCUAAAUUAUAUAUAUCAACUGUACAUUUUUUUUU